AUGGCGGUCGACUCGCAAGAAGCCAUCCGCCUGGCGUUCCUUCUCGAGCCAGGCCACAACCACUGGCAGCACGUGUCAGGAGUGGGCUACGCCGAUUUCCGCGCCUUCCUGCGCGCCCAGCGGGACACGUGGCGGCAGGAGCGCGAGGCAAGCAGGGAGGAGGAGUGGCGCGCAGCACCCACAGCGCCCCAUGCUGACGUGGCUCCUCCAGAAGCUGAUGCAGGGCAGAAGGCUCAAGGGAAGGUCGAUAUGGGGGAGGUUAGCAUGGGGGAGGAGGUUGAUACGGGGAAGGCUGGUAUCGGGGAGGUUGUAGGGGAGUUGGGAACGGUUCAGGCAGACGGGAUGACAGUGGCUGAUGUCCCUGCUGCUGUAGCAGCAGCACUUGGAAAGCCAGAACCUGCGCAAGUUACUCAACCAGCAACAACCGCGCAUGUUGCUGCUGCAUCCUCUAAAGCUGCUGCUCCCACUUCUGAUGGGCCUGAGGAGCAGAGGGAAAGCGGAAUAGAGGAGGAGGUGGCGAUACGGAUCAGCGCAGCCAGUGGCGCAGGUGCUGCUGGUGUAUCUUCUGAUGCGCGCACGGACAGGGAGAGAGGGGACGAGGAAGGUGGGAAUGAAGUUGCAUCAUCAUCAUCCGCAGCAGUGGAGGAGGAAGAAGAGGAGGAAGUAGGAGUAAAGAGACGAGACGGAGGAGCGGGGUUGGCAGCUUCAGCAGCAGCAGCAGAUGUAGCAGCAGAAAAUCAAAGGGACAAGAAGGAACAGCAGGGCAGCAAGCACAAGGACGGCAAGCAGGACGAGAGCAAGCACAAGGACGGCAAGCAGCCGCCGUCCCCUCCGGCCCUCCCUGCUGGCUUCACCUCCUCCAUCUGCAGCGUUCCCCCAGAAGCUUCUCGGAACGUUCUUCCUCCUCCUCCUCCUCGGCCUGGGGCAGCAGGGGAAGCGGAGGGGAAGAAGGGUGCGAGGAGAGGGAGUGAAGGGGCAGGGAGCGAGGGGGGUGCGGGGAAGGCGCUGGAGAGGAGGAGAUCGGCAGGGGAGGCGGUGGCAGGGAGGGGGAGUGGGGAGGUGGGCCCACCUGUGCGCAUGUGUGCUGUCUUCGAUGAUUGCCUCGCUUCAGUGAACAAGGUGCAGUUCGCCCGGCACCACUCGGAUCUGCUUGCUCGCGUGCACGGGGGCAACGUGUCAAGCCAACUGAACAAGGUGCAGUUCGCCCGGCACCACCCUGACCUGCUCGCCUACGGGGCAGCGGACGGCACGCUCCGGCUGUGCUAUGUGCCGUGCAGCCGGGGGGGCAAUAAGUCAGGUGGCGCAGGGGGGAAGCGGGGCGCUGCGAGUGUAGCUCGAGUGAAGCACGAGCUUAAAGGGCACACCAAGGAGGUGACUGGAGAGAGGGGUGCUGUGAGCGUGGCGCGAGUGAAGCACGAGCUCAAGGGACACACCAAGGAGGUCACUGAUUCACAUUGGGUGCACGACGGGCAGAGCCGGUGCAGCAAGAGGAUGAGUCUGCAGGCAGUCUGUGUGCUCCACUCCACUCUCUCCACCUAUGAGCAAUCUUAUUCUCUUGCUGCACCUGCCCGCCAUUCAUCCCAUCCCACCCACGUGGCAGACUUUGCUUGGUCGACAGACGACGACUACAUGUGCUCGUCGUCGGCGGACAAGAGUGUGCGCGUGUGGGACGUGGGUCUCAUCUCUUGCUGCACCCGCCCGCCCAUCCAUCCCACCCACCCACCCGUGCACACAUCCAUCCACGUGGCAGACUUUGAUUGGUCCACGGAUGACGACUACCUGUGCUCGUCGUCGGCGGACAAGAGUGUGCGCGUGUGGGACGUGGGGUCGGGGCAGUGCCUGCGCAUCAUCUACACAGUCAUUCCACAGACCUGCAUCAUCUUCCACCCGGAUGGACGGGGCAUGAAUGUGUCAGUGCUCUCAUGCAUGAAUGUGGCAGUGCUCUCAUGCAUGAAUGUGGCAGUGCUCUCAUGCAUGAAUGUGGCAGUGCUCUCAUGCAUGAAUGUGGCAGUGCUCUCAUGCAUGAAUGUGGCAGUGCUCUCAUGCAUGAAUGUGUCAGUGCUCUCAUGCAUGAAUGUGUCAGUGCUCUCAUGCAUGAACCAAAACAACAACUUCCUGGUGGUGGCGAACAGCAAGAGGGAGCUAACGGUGAUGAACUUCAGCACGGGGCGAGUGGUGAGCCGCGUGGCCAUGGACAGCAACGUCACUGCCCUCGUCGCUGAUCGGACCACCAUCGCCUCCUCUGCAGCAGCUGGUUCUGCCACCACCAGCGGCAGCAGCGGUGGAGGAGGCGGAGGAGGAGCGACGAGCAAGGCUGGAGCAGCGGCGGCGGCGGGAAGCGGUGGGUUUGGAGGGGGAGCAGGGGAGGCGGACAGUGUGGUGUUUGUGGGGGACAGUGAGGGCGCCAUUCACAGCUUCACAGUGGACAAGCAGUCGGGCGCUCUGCUGCGCCGCCACAAGACCGUUGCUGGCGUCGUGCACCCGGCGCCAGUGGCUUCUCUGCACUACAGCCCGACAUCCGUGCUGGCGAAUGGGCCGGUGCUCCUGGCAUGCAGCAAGGAUGGCUGCGUGCGCUUCUACACCACCGCUCUGGAGCUGAACGGCUAUCUCUUCCUCAAACACUCCCUGCAUGUCUCCUAUUAUCUCAACCUCUAUGGCACUCUCUUUACCCACUCCAUCCUUUCGUCUUCCUCACAACCCACCAGCACUGCACUGGAGCUCAACGGAUAUCUCUUCCUCAAGAUAUCGCUGCAGCUCUCCUCGCGGGCCACCAACAUGAACGCUGCCUUCUGCCCCCCGCUUGGGCCCUCCGGGUCGGGGGAAUACAUCGUGACGGGCAACGCCGACCAUCACGUGUACUUCUACGACUUCAUGAAGCCUCGCAGUCCACUCGUGGCGCGCAUUCCUGGACACAAGGCGAUGGUGGUGGAUGUGAGUUGGAACAACAGCAACACUGUGCUUGCCUCCUGUGACUGCGAUGGGGUGGUGGCACUGUGGCAGCGGCGCAUCAAAGCAGGCAAGGCAACGCCUGUGCGUCGUGACUCGUUCCUUCCCUGUGAUGAUACUGGAGGACAUCCAAGCAAUACGGUGUUAAACAACACGAUACGAGCAGGAGUUCUAGACAAGGAUUCGCUACUACUACUCGACGGCAGAGAACUUCAACGUGCACGAGGGACUUGCCUCAUCUGCCCCGAAGCCGACUUACCCCAUCGACCGUUCUCCUCUCACCACAACCCGAGCGCACCUGCAUACGCACCACUCGAGAAAGUUUACAGCGACAUCCUCUACAAUCGAGAACCAGGACAAGUCACCUACAAUUACACGAUCACCUUCAUCGACGCCGCCACUCGAUACGUCUGGCAUCACAACCUACCCAGCCGCGACAUGGCACUCGCAGCAUUCGCCGCUUGGCUACCGGUAGCAGAGAGGGAAUCAGGAACACAACUGAAAAGCUUCCAGUCAGACGGAGGAGGAGAGUACACCUCUCAGCGCUUCAAGCAGUACCUGGCGGAAAGAGGGAUCAAGCAACUCCUCUCCCUUCCCUACGCACAUCAGCAGCAAGGAGUAGCAGAAAGAAUGAACAGGACUCUGCAGAACAGCAUGCGCAAACUGCUACGUGGCAUGCGGCUACCCAACCACCAGUGGCCUGCAGCAAUGGAACAUGCUGUCAUGCUGCACGACUUGUUGUCGUCGUCGUCACUCCCGAACAACGCCUCACCGCAUCUGCUGUGGACAGGGAAGCUGGGCAGCACAAAAAUGUUACGAGUUUUCGGAUGCAUGGUACAGUACAGACCCCCAGAAGCACGAGCGGGAAGAUUUUCACAACGGGCACAGUGGGGACUACACCUCGGCAUUGAGAAACAUUACAACGCGUGGAAAAUCUUCGACGUCCACACAAAGGAAACAGUAGCAGCACGUGAUGUGAUCUUCUACGAGCGACUCACCCUUCAGACGUACCUCGCCAACUUGCACGAGAAUCCGGACCUCACAGGUAGCUUUCGUGGUGACCGAGCCUUCGCCUCAGCAGCGGACGAAGCAGACUGGGAUGAACAGAACGUCGACAACGCAUCGGAAGAAGCCGGACCUCUCCCGUACUGCUCCGUCGACGUGCCCAUGGACGAAGAAAAUCCUCGCGACAGUAACAACGCCGAAGUCUUCUAUCACUUCGCCGACAACGGUUACGUAACACCUGCGACAGUCAACACAAAUGAAGCAGAAAGGAUAGGGCCAAAUUUCAUACCCGAUCCAGAAGCAGGAGACGAAGCAGCUUAUCCAGAGGAUACAACACUCCCCCGAUACUCACAGACUGGGCUGCAAAUCCUUGGUCUCGUCACCGCAGUCCACGGGAACACAGGCAGCACGCUUCCUAAAGAGCCUGCGACGGUUCAGCAGGCUCUGGGGGGGGAACACAGGGAGAAAUGGCGUGAAGCCAUGGACAAAGAGCUGAAGGCACUGGAGGAGCGCAACACCUGGAAGGUCGUUCCCGCAAGCGUGGCACGGAACAAGACCAUUCUUACCGGGAAAUGGGUCUUCCGCAUCAAGAUGAAAGCUGACGGCACAAUCGAGAAGUUCAAAGCACGCUGGGUCGUGCGUGGAUUCGACCAGGAGCAAGGACGAGACUUCACCGAAACAUUCGCCCCAGUCAGUCGACAUACCUCUCUCCGAAUCCUUCUCGCCGUCGCCGCCAUGAAGAAGAAGAAGCUGCGACAAAUCGAUGUUGCCAACGCAUUCCUCUACGCACCCGUCGACGCCGAAAUCUUCGUCGAACUCCCACACGGCACUCACGGAAAUCCUAAUCAGAUCUGCCAACUACUGAAAUUGCUCUACGGAAUCAAACAAGCCCCGCGUCUGUGGCAACAGCACCUACACACCCGCCUCACUCGCAUCGGAUUCCGCCAACUGCCUCACGACCAAGGAAUGUACCGCCUCACCAAAGGCGCAGACUACAUCCUACUAAUCGUCUAUGUCGACGACUUGCUCUACAUCGGCUCCACCGACGACGUCACCACCUGGUUCGAAGGGGAGCUGCAGAAAGACCUCACGCUCACGGUCUCUUCUACCGUGACCCAGUACCUCGGGCUCAACAUCCGCGAAGAAGAAAAUGCGAUCUACCUAAGCGCCGAGAAAUACGCCAACACCAUCGCCAAACGUUUUUCACUCACACCUACCGCCAUCGCCACACCAUACCGCUACACGGCAGGAAACGACAAGGGAAAUUCCGCUCCACUCAAAGCUGCCGGAAUACGAGACUACCAAAGGAAACUGGGCUGCCUUCUCUUCGCAGCUGUCACCUGUCGCCCGGAUCUAUCCUACUCCGCAAGCCAACUCGCCACCUAUCUCAAGAAAUCCGAAGCAAAGCAUCUGGCGGAGCUUGAUCGCGCACUACACUACUUCGUGAGCACACCGACGAUCGGCCUGACUUACUACAAAGGCAAAGCUACGACGACGAAACUAAUCGGCUACGUCGAUGCUGACCAUGCCGGCGAUUCUGAUAACAGGCGCUCUCGCACUGGCUACGUCUAUCGUCUCGAGCCUAUCGGACCUAUCUCCUGGCAGUCGAGUAAGCAGGAACUAAUCGCUCUCUCUUCAGCUGAAGCAGAAUAUAUCGCCCUCUGUUCAGCCACCAAGGAAUGA